GGGCAGAACAGCUAAAUAAGUUUUCCAAGAUGGACGACAGAGAAAGAGUUUCCAGUGUUUAUUCCCCAGGAAAUGUGCCUAUCACUCCACCUGGACUUGAAGCUAUAUAUUCAGCAUGUCGUCGAUUAUAUCCUGAUCAACCUAAUCCUCUGCAGGUUACAGCUUUGGUAAAAUAUUGGUAAGGAUAGUCGAUCCCCAUUCAUUAAAAAUAUAAUAUAGUUAAUUUGUGUAUUUAUUUAUUUUUUAAUCUUACUCAUCUGAGACGUCUGUCUUCUUACUACACUCUUGACUCUGUCUCUAGUCCUAUUCUUAGAUUUAAUCUUAGUUAGUCUUUCAAUUACUGAAUUACUCUUACUCUUAUUGUUUAAUGUCCAGUCACUAAUGACUGAGACUUAAACACUACUACAUGGACUCAGACUCUAGUCUAGGGCCCCUAGCCCUACUAGGGCUAGGGCCAGGGCCUAAGGGUAAAGUUUGGGGUUAGUAGUGAUAGUGCUAGGGUAGGGGCAGGGGCUAUGUCACUUUGCGGAAUCCCAACACUGGACUUAGAGUAAAUAGACCAAUCAAUAACAUUCCAGUUCUUUGCCGAGCAUAGCAUGAUUGGCGCCAUCAACUCAAUCUGAUGAUCGAUAUGGUUAAGUUAAUAUGAAGUAUAUGAUAAUGAUCAAAAGAAGAUUGGUCAUUUGUUUUUAUUAAAAUCAAUGAUACAAGGUUCAAAAGAAAUGAAAAAAGAAACACACCCAUCCUGAUACCCCAUGCCCUAAUGAUAACAGGUGAAAAAAAAAGAUGUGUGCUAAAAGUGCUGUUUUAGUCUUUUUUUGAUGGGUUGCAAUUCAAAGUACCCUUAUGGUAUUCAUUUCUAUCAUGUUGCCAUUUAAACAUAAUUUUCUGGGAAGUGAAGACCCCUUACUCAAAUCUUUCCCUCCACUGUCAAUACAAAGAUAAACAAACUAAUCACUGAAACUCUCCCCCCAUUGUCAAGACAAAAAUAAAAACAUAGAAAAAACUUCUGAAAUCAGAACUCAAGUAGCCAGAAGUUGACAUGGGGCAACCUUCUGACCUAUAUACCAUGGAACACAUUGCCAGCCUUACCGCUAACCCAGACUUAGCCACCUCUAGACUAGGGCAGCUAGUUAAUUUAAUUUAGGUUAUGUUGGCCUAUUAAUCAUUUUCAAUAAAUAUUUUGUAAUUUGUAUGAGAAAAACACUGUUUCUCAACAAUCUAGAUUUCAAUCAGUUAUUUUAAAUAUUAAUUCAUUUAGGCUUGGUGGUCCUGAUCCUUUGGACUACAUUAGUAUGUAUGCAAACCCUGGUGAUCCAGAUCGCAAUAUCCCACCUCAUUGGCAUUACAUUAGCUUUGGGCUGUCAGAUCUCCAUGGAGACUGUAGAGUUUAUGAGUAAGUCCAGUUUGUAUUUUCAAAAAAUUGAACUAUAGCUAAAUAACUUGAAAUGGUGUUCCAAUCCAAAUAUUAAAAUAUUUUAAAUUUAAAGAGUAUAAGAUAUUUAAAAUUCUGCAUUUAUUUACUACUGGUACUAGUACAUAAAAAAUUAAUUAUAUCAUUUUUGUACUUUAAUCUUGAAUACAAUUUUUUAAAGACUUGGUGUCUCAGAUGGUCCUAGUGGCUUUGGGUUUGAACUCACAUUCAGAUUGAAAAGAGAACCAGGAGAAGCAAAUCCACCAACCUGGCCAGCAGCAUUAAUGCAAGCACUCGCUCGAUAUGUCUUUCAGUCAGGUGACUCAAAGUUUUUCUUUUCUACAUUUUAAACAAAAAGUUAAUUAUUUGUGUUUUUGUUUUUAAGUUUAUUUUGUACAUUUCAAACUCUUUCAAAAUAGAAAGAACAUUUGCUUUGUAAAUUUAUUAUUUGGUUUGAUUGAAACAGAAAAUGUCUUGUGCAGUGGGGAUCAUGUUUCCUGGCAUACUCCCCUUGAUGGUAGUGAAUCUCGUAUACAACACAUGUUAAUGACAGAAGAUGCACAACUACAGCCCAUUUCUUCAAUAUUAGGAGUUGUUAACUUCAUUCAGGUAUAAAUAUUUUUACAUUCCUAUAAAAGGUAAUUGUACUGAAUUUUUUUAUGUAAGUGUGCUAAAAUAAAAAGAUUUUUUUCCCUCGCAAAAUUGAUUUCAAUGCUAAAUUACUUUUUUUUGGUCAAAACAUCAAAUGCAUUAUAAGUACAUUUUAAAAUUAUUUUUUCAUAUUAAAAAGAUCAUCAAUUAAAUUUUACCAAAUCCAAUUAAUUUGUGUCUUCAACUAUUAGAUUGUUGGAGUGUGUGGGGAAGAACUGAAGGCAGCACAACAUUGGAAUGGUCCUGGCAUAAUUGAACUUUUAAGAUCCAAACCGUGGUAGGUAAUUAUUUUGACAGCUAAUACAAAAUCAUGUUUAUUUUAUUCCCCACUAUUGGUUGUGGUUUAUAUUGCAUUGUUUAAGAAAAAAAAUGAACAUAAAACAUAUUUUGUAUGUCACAUAUAUAAGACGAGAAUUUUAAAAUUCUUUUACUUAAAUAGUUUUUAAAAAAAUGCUUGUGCCAAAGUUGUUUUUAAGAAACCCUAAGGUAUCAUGUGCUAGAAAAACCUAAAAAAGCCAGUAACUGUUAUUUUGGCAUGCUGUAGUCUUAGCAGAUGCAAUACUGAUGCUAAGAGAAUUUUCAUCUAAAAGAGUAAAACCUUAACACAAGGUUGGAUGCAUUCAUUUUUUGCUUUUCUAAAAAUAUUUUUUUUAAAAAUGGAAUUCAAGUUAUUAGCAAUUUAAGGUUAAAAUUAUUUUAAGAUGUUAAAAAAUGAAUGUUUGGAAGUAAAGAUUGCUGAAAAAACAUUCUUCAUGUCAUGAAAAUAUAUGAAUAACAUUAUAUUUUUAAGUGCCGGGGGACCAUGGCUAGUGACAGAUAUGAGGAGAGGUGAAACCAUUUUUGAAUUGGAUCCACAUUUAAAAGUGAGUUUCUUUUUAACUUCUCAGUGAUGUGUACUAAAAAUAAGUUUAGAAAAAAUUAAAUUUCAAAAUCUAUUUCAAUUGGUUUUAAUCAAAUUAACUUGAUGAUUCCAAUGAUACAUUUUGAUAAAUAUUUUAACUUCAUGAGAAAUUAAAUAUGAACUGAUAAAAAAAAUUAAAGUUAAGAAUCUUACGUUAUUUCAAGAUACUAAUUUAUGACUGGUUUAACUAGAUUUUAUUUAAAGUUAAUGUCCUUGUUUUGAAGGAGAGGCUGGACCAAGGCAUUGAGCAAGAAGGUUCAAACCUCAGUGGGGUUAGUGCUUGGUGUUCAUGGGAUGAACCUGGUGAACAUGACAACCGUAGUUCUGAUAGUGAUGAUGAUAAAGAAAACAAAAAAGAUGAAGAUGAAAAUGAAAGAGAUUUGAGAAGAUGCAGCGCUGAAACAGAGAGAAGAACAAUUUCUCAAUUUGGUGAGUUAUUUGAACCAUACACUAUGCUGAGACAAUAUAUAUAUCAGGGUCCCCACACAGUCGGGAAAACUUGAAAUAGUCGGGAAUUUAUCAAAUAAAUUUCCCGGUCGUGAAAACCGGGAAAUUGACCAUUCUAGUAAGGAAUUUUUCAGGAUAGUCGUGAAUUUUUAUUUCAUAAUUAAAAAAAACAAAAAAUUACGCGAAUCCUUUCAAUUAAGCCUCCAUUAUCAUUUAUCGACUGCAUUUUACUGUAGUAUUACUUUAGACUUUUCUGUGCAUGCGUUGAAAUCGUUCUUCCGAUGCCGACCCCAUUUAAAUUGUGAAAGAAAAACGACUUUGCGCCACUUGAGUCUCAAUCAUUUGAUCUCUCUAGUACUCGGCGCUCGGCUCUUACAAAUCAAUAACUUUCAAGCUUUGAAUUUUUGGAGAAACUCGAACAGUUUUGUGGUGAGUAUUCAUUUAUUUAAAUUAUUUAUAUAGCUUUUAAUCGGCAGUUCUGGUUUUUAAUUUAAGAAUCAUAGUACUAGUCACUAGUUAAAGUAGUAUUACAGUAUUUGAAUAGUAAUAGUAUUAAUAUUAAUUAGGCUUAGGGAAUAUUAAGAAACUUCUGAAACGUAUAUUUGUUAUUGGCAGAUCUGGUUUUAAAUUAAUUUAAUCUAGUAUAUAAAUUUACUACAGUAUUUCAGAAGUCCAGUACUAUUAGUAUUAGGGCUUAAUAUUGUAUUGGAUUAGGUAUUAUUAAGUCUGUAAUUACUGUAAUUGAAAUUUUUAUCGCUUUGGUUUUUACUUAAAUAAAAAUAGUAUAACAAUCUACUCCACAUAAAUUAUUUAAUUUAAGAAGUACUGUACAGUAAAUAAAUUUGUAUUUGAGCUUAGUAUAGUAUUUUUAAUAAUUAUUGUUCAAGACUAUGACUAUGAUUGUAAUAGUAUUAAUUAAUAGUUUAUAAUGUUAAAAUAACUUGUAAAAUCUAUUGUUACAGAUAAUUAUGCCUAACUGUACUUUCCAAGAUUACUGGUUAGAACAACUUGAAUUCAAACCAUGGCUUUCCCAGGACAAGUUUGUGCGCAAUGCAUAUUGUAGGAUUUGUUCUAGAUCUAUUGAUAUCCGUUCAAUGGGCAGGACAGCAGUCAUCUCCCACAUCAAAGGGAAAAAACAUGCAGAUAAGCUUAAAGUUAGCCAAUCGUCUCCAAUAACAGUGUUCACUAAAAAUAAACCUGCUGUUGAGAUCCCAUCAAAUUCAGCUACACACUUUGUUGAAGUAUCUACUCCAAAGUCACAGUCAACGUUGACCAAUUUUAUUUCAAAAAAGGAUACGCUAAAUGCAGAAAUUUUAUGGGCGUUAAAAUGUGUUGAUUCAAACUAUUCAUUUUCAUCGCAAGCGGACAUUGUGCCAUUAUUCCAACGGAUGUUUCCAAAUUGUGAAAUAGCGCAAUCAAUGAGCUUAGGGGAAACCAAAAUAAUUUACAUGUCAUGUUUUGGUAUUGCUCCUUAUUUUACUUCCUUGCUGGAAAGAACAACAAAGGAUUGAAAGUUUAUUCUGAAAUUAAGAUUGGUUUUGUGGCAGAGGGGCUUCUCAAGGAAGCCAAAGUGAAGAAAUUAAUUAGCGACAAAGGAAUUUUAGAAUUUAAAUUACAGCGCAGAGAGAUCAUAUCCAUUCUAAUAGCAAAACUAACAGCAAAGUCUCCCCUGAAAUAUAAUUUAGUGAGACACAUGAGUUGUCUGGACCCAGAAGAAAUGAUCAACAAAGAAAUUGAUUCUAACCUGUCUAGUUUUAGACAUGUCCUUAACAUUCUAGUGUCUCUUAAUAGAGCACAAAUCAAUGAAUGUGAUGAAAUACUUUCUAUAUUUAGAGACUUCUUGGAGUGUUACAGGCAUUCCCAGGAAAUAGCAGCCUUCAGUAAAGCUGAAGGAAGACUGGAUUGUCUUUAUUAUUCAUUGUUAAAUGGUAAAGAAAAGUUUACCAAGCUGUGGCGGAUUAUCCAUGUUUUAUUGCUUCUGUCACAUGGACAGGCAACUGUUGAGCGUGGUUUUUCAGUGAACAGGGAAACCACGCAAACAAACAUUUCUGAGAAGGUUUUAAUAAGCAAACGAAUCAUAAGAGACCAUCUAGAACAGUGGUUCUCAACCUUUCUAGUGCCGCGACCCCUUAAUACUGUUUUUUGUGUUGUGGCUACCCCCAAGCCACACAAUUAUUUUCGUUGCUACUUUAUAGCUGUAAGGAUAUAUGUUUUCAGAUGGUCUUAGGCGACCCUUGGAAAAGGGUCCCGCGACCCCCAAAGGGGUCAUGACCCACAGGUUGAGAACCGCUGAUCUAGAACAUGUAGGAGGUCUUGCUAAUAUUGUUGUGACACAAGAACUCCAGACUGCCGCUCAACAAGGAAGAAAGAUUUAUGGGGAUUAUUUAGACAGGAAAAGAACAGGGGAAGAGAAGAGGCAAAAGUCUUCAAAGAGAAAGUUGGCAGAGAACGACAUAGAUGGACUGAAGUUAAAAAAACAGAAGCUGGAAAAAGAGAUUGAAUUUUUGAUCGAAGAUGCAGACAAAACUUCAGAGAAAGCUGAGACUUUGCAAAGUUUUCCUCAUCUUUCAAAAGCUAAUGCUAUCAGAGUCAAGGCAAAAGAAAAGAGGCAACAGCUGACUAAUAUCAAUGUUGAGAUUGAGGAAAAGAUGAAGUUGUUAGGAAACCUUUAAUAACAUUUAGUAACAUCCCUUACUUAAUUACAAUUUAUAAUUCUCCAUAUAACAAUGUUAACAUAUUUUUCAUCUUUUGUAAUUAUUUGAAAUAAUCUAAUUUCAUUUUAGCAUGUACAUAUCAGUAGAUGUUAAAAUAAUUAUUACAGUAUACAUGCAUUGAAUUAUGUAAAAUGACUAUGGUAUAUAUUUUUUCUGAUAUUAAUAUUAUGGAUGUAUUCCUGUAUAUUAUCAAGUCCAGGCAUUGGAAAGUUAAUGGUUAGUAAAAAUAUUAUUUCAUUAUAUUUUGUAAAGUUUAUUUUAUUAAAGAUAGCAUUAUAUUUAAAACAUGUACCAGGAUUGUGUAUGUAAAUUUUUAAAGAAAAAGCUGGAAAAUCAAUCGCAAUAAUUUUGAUAAAGCCGCAUUUUAUUUAGUCAGGAAUUUUCAUUUUUCAGUUGGGAAAAGUUGGGAAAAAGUCAGGAAUUUAGUUUUGAAAAAAAUGUGGGAACCCUGAUAUAUAUAUAUAUGGUAACUAUAAGUCAUUAAUCCACACACACACAUAUAUAUAUAUAGGGAUUAUUAAUAACUUAUAGUUGUCUACUCCUGUACACAAUGGUAAUGUUGGGUGCUUCUCAUCAAGGAAGUAGCUGCUUUGAAUUCAUCCAGGGGACAAAAAAUUGCCCAUUGUUAUUCUCUUGGAUGAGGGAAAUGCUGAGUAAAAAAAACCACCAUAAACCACAGAAAGUAGUAAGACCUCAGCCAACCUCCAAUAGCUGUAGACCAGUUAGGCUAGAAUAAGGCUAGAAUAGAUUUGAAUCAACAUUAAAAUAUGACUUUAAAGUUUUAAGUUUAAACAUGUACUUUAAAAAGGAAUAAAAUGUAAGAUUAUUGAUCAGUUUGUAUAGGAAAACAUUUUUUUUUAAGGGUAGCAUAAGUGUCGUAUGAUGGCUAAUGAAAAAUCAUUGAUUAUUUACUUAUGUAUUCUACAAAUAUCAUCUUAUGAUCAUCUUUUAUAUUUUAUAAUAAUAUUUUCUGGUUCAUCAUCUUGUUUCGCAUGACUAACCAUUCUGGUACUGAUCUACUUUUUUGCUAUGUAUAGCCUCUGUACCGGCUAUUAUUUUGCAAAAUAUUCCCUGUGGCCCUAACAUAAUUCUGGAAUGAGCCAAAAUUUGAUAGGUUUGCAAAUUAUUUUUAACUUUUUUGUUUAAAACAAUUGAUAAUAAAAUGUAGAGAAUUAUCUGUUCAAAAAUGGAUAAGGAUGUUAAAAAGUUAAAAAUACUUAUGUGUUUUGUUCAAACUUUUCAUUGGCAGUGUCACACUUGUGUGGGAUUGUGUGGCUAGCAGUGUCCAUUCGAUCUUACUCAAUCAAUAUCUACGUUGACACUAGUGUAAAACCUUUCAAACCUACAGGCUCCCGUAGGCGUAAAUUUUGAGCUAGAGUAGGCCUAUUUCCUUCAACAAUUUCAUCCCCCUCUUCCUCAUCAGCAUCAAAAUCAUCUAAUCCCAAUUAAAGCUCAAUAAUAGUUUCAGAACAAAAGGUUUCAUCAAGUGGAUGUAAGUCGUCCUCAACAAUUUAGCUAGGUAGCGCCAUGGCAUGGAAACAACAAAUACAGAUCAGCACAAAAAACUCAGUAUUUGAUUGAUUUUUCAUAAUUUAAAAGGCAAAAUAAAAUUUGACUAUUCCCCUAACGAAUAAACAUUCUGCCCGAGACUAUGGUGAAAGGUUAUAUCCUCGUUUUUGUGUUUAUAUUAGAUACCCCUCUAUGUGGCAAAUAGACGCGCUAGGGCCACAGGGGAAAAUUCGGCUGGUGGAAAAAAGACGUGCUUGGGCCACAGGGAAAAAAGUAGGUCACUCAAAAAGACGUGCCCUGUACUGUAAGGGUUAAAAGAGGACAUUUUACUUAAAGCUGAUAUUUCCAUAAAAUUUAAAUUUGGGUUUUCUACAAUACAAAAUGUAACCAUUUAUUAAAGCCAGUCUCUAAAAUUUCAGAGUCAGAACAAAUCAAAGCAACUUUGAAGAAAGGUCUUAGCAGUACACACCUGAAUGUUAAAGAAGAGUAAGUUUACAAUUCUUAAUUUUAUAAAGAAGACAUUUUAUUUUAUUGCAUUCAAGUCUUGAGUUUAUUUAUCCAGUAAAUCAUGAAAUAUUUAUUUUGCAAUGCCAAGGUCUCAAUCACAUUCAAGAAAAGAAUCAUUUGAUAGCACAGUGAGCUCAGAGGGUCCUACAGAGUUGAUAAGAACAAGAUCACUUGAGUCAGUGCAUCUGAAAUUUAAUCUAGAAGCAGGUUCAUUACUACCACUGGCAUUAAGGUUUGGCUUUAUUUUAAACUUUGAAAAAUAAUUGGGAAGAAACAUAAAAUUGCCUGAUAUGUCAAAAUAAUCCCUUUAAAUCAGGGUUGGGCAAACUGCAGGCUGCAUGCGGCCCGGUCCGGCAACUGAUACUAUGUGGCCUUCGAAGGCAUUUAGAAAUUUUAAAAAAAUUACUUUGUUUUAAGUUAUUUUGUUGAAGUUUACAGAAUUUUAUAUACUGUUAUGAAACAUUUUUGAUCAACUUUCUUUCUAAUUUUCUAUUUUUUUAUACAGUCCUUGACUUUUGUCAUGUAAUGCUAAAAUGCGAAUAUACCAAUAUUAAUGUUUAUCGACAUUUACAAAUUGGACAUAAUAUAUAUGCCCCCCCCCCCCCCCCCCAAUAGCUUUACAUUUGUCAAUGUGACCCUCCGCACAAAACGUUUGCCCGCCCUGCUUUAAAUGAUCAAAGGUAUUUCUUGAAACAUCCCUUACCCCCAAUAAGCACAAGUAAGGCUUGAUUUUUAGAUAAUUCAUAUUCUGGGUCAGGAUUUCUCUCUGUCUCUGCAUCAUCUUCUUAUAGAUUUUACAGUUUAAAAAAUUAGCAAUUGGGUCAGAGAUUUUUUAUCUAUAUAAAGAUAUUGUAUAUUUAUUUAUAAGGCAAAUUUAUACAUAUCUUAUAACUUUAUAUUUAUUCUAAUAAUUCUUAUUUAGGGGCCGUUUAAAACAUGGUAGACACUUCACAUUUAAAGGCAUUAUGAAUGAUAUUGCCAUAACUCUAGUCUCUUCAUCUGUUGUGGGUUCCAUAACUGACGAAGAACAUCCAUUUGCAGCUCAUGGAACUUGGUUACAGGUAUAAAAAUUAAGACAUUUACUUACAUUUAAGAAAAUAUAAAGACAUUUUAUUUCCCGUACAAUCUGUCAUGAUGAUUUUGACUUAAUUAAUUUGUGUUUAAUUGUAGUAGUAGGGAACUUUACACAAGAUUGAGAAUAUGACUUAGAUUAAUGUGUAAAACUGCUAAGCUGACUUAAAUGAAAGUUCAAAACUAUUUUUUAAUAAGCCAUUCUCCUCUAGUUUCCUUAUAAAUUAUAAAUGAGUGUUAGUUGGCUGUCGAAUUCAUUAAUUUGUGUAUGUAGACAUGAAUAUUAAUGAGUAAAAGAGCCUUUAUAAAGUAUUAAAUCAGAAUGAAGAUUUUUAAAUACCGGUAAUAUUUUUUUUAAAACAUAGGUAUUGAUUCAAGAUGAAGCCAUUGAUGACAUGAUUGAUGACCUUGAUGAACUUUCCAGUCCUGAUGAGGUUUGUCUUUACUAACUUUCCGUUGUAAUGAAAUUUGCACUUUGUUCAUGAUGUAUACUCAACUUUCUUUCAAUUUUCUCAGUGCCUCUCUCUUUAAAUCUUUUAAUCAUCUUCUUAAGUCUCAUGCUUUAUUUUGAAAAAUAGAUGUCAAUAAUUACAAGUAUUUUUAAAAUAAAAUUUUCAUUAGGGCUGGUUGCAAUGUUCCCUUUAAGCUGCCCGGCUGUAAUCUCACAGACGCCACGCAGCAGUUUUGAGUACCGCGCAAGCUAAUUUCCACUUAAGUGUGUGUUUGUACAUGUAGGCUGUAAAAUUUUGCGCACAAAAAAAUUGAUGCUGUAAAAAUUUGCACACAACUUUAUGAUUUUGCACACGAACCAACAAACCUUAGAGGGAUCAUUGGCUGGUUGUUUACCUUGAAGUUGAAGUUCUGUGCUAAUGGUAUUUUUUCUUCAUUUUGGUUGAAGGAUAAAAUACUUAUGCACUAUGAAAAACAUCAGUUUUUCCAAAUAAAAUUUAUUAAGUAUUGAUUUCUAUCGUAUCAUUUUAUACUAUUUGUUGGUUUUCAUUUGUGUUCUUGAUCAUAGAGUUGGACUACACAUUCAAAAAAAAAAAAAAAGAUAAAUUAGUUUCAAUGAAAUAAAAAAAAUUAAAUAAUUAAAAAAAAAAAAUAAAAUGAGAGAGAAAAAUUAAAUGAAAAAAAUUGUGUUGCUACAAAAAUUGUAGAUGUAAAAUCCUUUAAAAAAUUAUUUAUUUUUAUCGUAUAAUUUUAUACUUUUUGUUGGUUUUCAUUUGUUUUCUUGAUAAUAGAGUUGGAAUACAAAUAAAAAAAAAAAAAAAAAAGAUAAAUUAGUUUCAAUGACAUAAAAGAAUUUAAGUAUUUAAAGAAGAAAAAUAAAAUGAGAGAGAAACCUUGAAGGAAAAAAAUUGUGUUGCUACAAAAAUUGUAGAUGUAAAAUCCUUUAAAAAAUUCUUUUUGCUAAAUUUUAUGCAUUUACAUUGAAAGUAAUAACAUUCUGCUUUGAUCUGAGGGGUUGUUCACAAAAGUCGUCCUCAAAAGAUAUGCAUCUUUCCCAGCGCCUCCCCCUUGUCAAUAUGGCUCCCAACCCCUGGUGGUUGCGUAUCUCAGCUUCCAGCAUUGUACAGUGCAAAAUGCCAAGAAUAAUAAUAGCUAUCAUAAAGAGCAAAGAGUCACUAGAUUUAAACUUCUAAAAAUGUCAUAAUCUAAAUCAUUUUAAUUAAGUCAACCAGACCUGUGAUUUUUAGGGAAAAAAACAACUCAUUUUUUUACAUUAAUUUGUUGAUACCAAAUAUUAUAUUAAGAAUGAUCUCCCUGAUGAAGAGUUUACUAACUUCUUGGUGGUUCAAUAUUAUAAUUAUUUUGAAAAUAGAUUAGCUGUUUAAAAAAAUUUUAAGCAUACUGAAAUACACAGAAUGGGCCUAUAUUAAUAAAAAUGCUAGAUUGCAAGCAUACACAAAUUCCUUUUCACACCCACCCUCCUUGUCCACAUAUGAACAAAUCCUUCCUCUUUUCUGAAGUCCUUUAUGAAUAUCUAGUUAGUUCAUUUAAACUAAAUAUGAAAAUGAAAGGAACAGGGGUUAAAAUUUGAAAGUUAUGCAUAUGUAACAUUAUUGAUAUCAUUAUGCUGCUUACAUCAUUAUAUUUAUAGUCAAUAUUUUUACAAAUUUAUUUUCAGAUACUAUGUCCAAAAACAUACAGUUGGCCAGAGAAACGUUUAUGCAUUACCAUUUUGCCAGAUGAAAGCUAGUGAAUAUUAUUCAUGUGUUUGUAUUUAAUUAAAUUAUUCAGAUGAGUUAGAGACCAGUGAUAAUAGUCCUCACUCAUUAUUAAAAAAAUAACAGGAAUUGUAGGAGUUUCAAAUAAAAGAUAUUGUGAAUUUCUGAUUUGUUAACUGCAUUAGAUAUAGUUCCUCACUCAUUAUUAAAAAAAAAUAACAGGAAUUGUAGGAGUUUCAAAUAACAGAUAUUGUGAAUUUCUGAUUUGUUAACUGCAUUAGAUAUAGUAAAUUUCUUUGCAUAUCACAUGAUAAAUUGCAUUCAUUGGUACACUUUUUUUAAAGUGGACAUUAAUAUAUCUUAGGUAUUUAUUUUAUAUUUUUAUAAGAUUUCAUAAUUAUUGUAAGGAUUGAUCAAAGUAAUAAGGAUGGUAUAUUUACUACUACUUUUCAAUAAUUUCCGUUAAUUAAAGAAAAGUAAACUUCUUGCAUUUAGGAAUGGGAAAUUGAUACAUAAUUGCUCCAAAUACAAGGGCACACUCUUAAUAAUGUCGGUUGCUCUUUAACAUGUUAUAAAAUUUUGAUUUAAUGCUUGAAAUGUUCACUGUAAAUUUUUGUCAUUAAUUUAUUUGUAAAUCUGUGAAACAAAACUGAAACCAAAAACACUUAGACCAGCAUUAUUCCAAUGUUAUAUUGAUGUUGUCACACACACACAAACCCCC